AUGUUAUCUUUAAAUGAUGCUGCCCAUAAUGCUCAACAAUAUUCUGCUUUUGUUGAACGACAUAUGGAUGAACGUCGACAACGUGUUGAACAACUUGAUGCUUUUGUUCGUCAUCGACUUCGUCUUUAUCGACAAGCACAAGAACAUGUUCAACGACAAACAACAAAUAAAAUUGUCGAAGCAACUGCUUUACCACCACCUCCAGAUAAUACUGUUGUCAUUUUAUCACAACAAUCUUCAACACCAAUUCUUGAAAAAUCAUCAUCAUCAUUUCAUAAUCCAAUUGAAAUGACAAAUCGUGUUCGUCUUAGUAAACAACGUUUAGCAUCAAAACAACUUACUCAACCUGUUAAUACUUCGUCUAUUGAUGAUACACAAAUUGUUGGAACUUGGCUUAAUCCUGCACCAACAACAAUAACAGAUAACGAUGAACAGCAACGAUCUGCAUCAGAAAAUACAUUGCGUCGAUCGAUGAAUGAAAAUCGUCUUUCAUCAUUUGCACUUAAAGCAUUGACCGAUUCAUUAACCGAUGGUUUAACAAAUGUUGAAAAUCGAAAACGUCUUCAAGCAACACGUGCUUUAUUUAUGACUAUUGAAAGACGACAAGUCAAAGAAGCUUUACUUUUAAAUAAACAAAAUAAAGAAAUGCAACGUCUUGUUGAACUUAAAGAAGCUGAACGUUUACAUCAAGAAGAAUCCUUAGCACAAAGACAAAUAUCGACAAUGCAUACUAUUUCAGAUCAAUCUAUUGUCGAUGUGAAUAGUAUUGAUCCAAAACAAUUAGCUCGUAUUCGUCAACAACGUAUUCAUGAACAAAAACGAAGAGAACUCGAACGAUACAUUCGAGCAUUGAAAACAUCAUUAAGAGAACGUUGUUCAAAACGUAAUAUUAAUGUACCAACAUUAUGUUCAUGUCAUUCCACAAUUUGGGAUGCUGAUCCAAUGACAUGUUCACAAAAUUGUUCAUUUUAUCGAAAUCCGGCUGCUUUUGCAACAUCACUCCACAGUUUACUUACAUCAUGUCAAGCUCGAACAAAUUUAUCUGUUCUACCCGAUGUUUGUGUAUGUCUUCGUGAUGCAAUGGAUCUUAUGUUUAACAAUGAUAAUUAUAAUAGAUUAAAACAAAUUGAUCACACAAUUAUAACACCUGAAGACAACGAUGUAAUUGUUGAUAUCAUCAAUGAUGACGAUGAUAAAAUUUCGACAGAUGCUUCGCAAUCAUCGAUUAAUAAACGAAAAUUAGUAAAUACUGCUAGUUUAACUCAUGAACAACAAAAUGAAUGUGCAAAACGUUUAUGUACAACAAAUGAUCAUCAAUAA